UUUUGGAAACAAGAUACAAGCAACAUCGGCGAGUCAGCACGCUCAUUGGUGAACUUGUUUUUGCAAUGCAGCAUGCGACGACAUGCAGAGUUGAACCAAUCCUCAUCAGUUUGGGCAAAUCCAAGGGUCCUAAAGAGCUACCUCCAACCACCAGGAGCCUGUCACUUGCAAAACAGUCAACCACUCAGUAGCACUUUGCCCAAGCGUGUCCGAAAUCGCACAAUCAUGUCCGACAUCGCUCUACCACCACCUGAUGAGGAGGAACACCCUUGGCUGUAUCUAAAAAUAAAUGUUUCCUUUUCUCGGAAUGAAGGAUUUAUCCUACCGGAUGAAAUGUCUGUUAUGUUUACCAAAAGUUCAGGAAAUACUAGCGUUCAAGAACUCACCUUCGAACCUAAAAAAAACACACAUUGAGAGAAAGCAUGUACACCAUCUUAAGAAGUAUGGAGAACUGACGGCAAACACUGAAGAGAAAACAUGCCCCUAAGACUCCCUCCACCAUCAAGGAGAGCACAUUACUGAAGACGGUGUCUCAAAAAUCCAUCGACAAAGCUGUGGUGAAGUAUGUGGUCCAAGGGCUCCAACCAUUCGCUGUUGUAGAACAAGAACCAUUCAGAAAGUUUGUCCAGGAUCUGCAGCCUAACUCAAAUAUCUUAUCAAGGCCCACACUGCCCUCCAGGAUUGAUGAAGCCUCCACGGAAAUGAAGAAGGUGACUGAGGCCAUGAGAGGAGUUAACCACAUCGCCACCACCACCGACUGCUGGUCUGCAUUUGAUGUGUUGGCAGGUGCCCUAAAUGACAUUCAUACUGAGUUUGAAAUCUGGGGUAAGAUUGUGAGAACAACAACAGACAACGGCUCUAACUUCUUGAAAGCUUUCCAAGUUUUUGGAGAAGAUGAUAACAACGAGGCAGUGGAAGCAGUGGGUGGUGAAGCAGCUCAGCCAGGACAGGAAGAGGAACAAGAGGAGAGUGAAGAAGUGGAGUUUGUUGAUGUGGCAACGAUCCUGAAUGAAGAUGAUGGUUUUGAGUACCAGCUGCCGAAGCACCUACUCAACUUAGUAUCUACAGUCGAUGCCCUGAAAGCUACAUCCAGUGAGGCUUACAAAAAAGUGUCCCGUUCAACAUUUGGCAAGUGCCAAGCACUUUGGAACAAAUGCUGAAGAUCCACGCUGCGCCCGAAUGCUACAAGGUGGAACUCCUGGUUCAUGGCUGUAGAAAGACUCCCGAGGAUCGUCAAAGACAAAGGAGAGGCGGCCGUCAGAGUUCUCUGCACAGACUUCGAGGUUCCAAUUUUCAAUCCAGCUGAACUCGCCUUCCUCACAGAGUAUGCUGCACACAAUGAGCCCAGUCGCAAAGGCCAUCAACAUCCUGCAGGCUGAAACCAAUGUCCAGAUGGGGUGGCUACUUCCAACUAUCAACCUGCUGAUCACAAAACUUGACCGAAUCAAGUUGUCCCUGAAGUACUGUAAGCCUCUGGUGGAUGCGCUACAACUGGGACUGAAGAAGCGCUUCAGCCACAUGUUUCACAACCCUGAGCUGAUCGCAGCUGCAAUCCUUCUCCCCAAAUGCAAAACAACGUGGACAAAGGAUGACGCCACCAUCAGAAUGGGAAUGGACUACAUCAAGGACCACCUGGAAGAACCCGUGCUGCAGCUAGGUGAUGGUAGCAGUUUAUUAGAUGAGGAGGACUUAUUCUCUGCCAUGAAGACCUCUCAAGCACAAGAAAGCUCCAAACAGCUGGACGGAUACCAGGCUUGUUCAGCUGAUCAUACGAAUUUGCUCAAGUCCUUCCCGGCAGUCUGUAUGCUGUCUCUGAGGCUAAACACAACCUUACCUGCAUCAGCUGCAUGUGAAAGGCUGUUCAGCAUUGCAGGACUUGUUUUCAGCAACAUGAGAGCAAGGCUGGAUUCCAGAGACUUUGAAAACCAGCUUUUUCUUCAGCUUCAAAUAAUGACAGCUUAACGCUAUGUAUAGGGUUCUAUUAUAGGAUGUUUUUUCUAAAGCAAAGUGACUGUGAUUGUAAGUGCUUACGUUUACUGGCUAUAUUCCUUCAUUAUUAAGGCGUAAUUCAAUUUUGUCUGUAAGAGAUUGAUUUUGAAGUGUUGUCUAUUUGAGAAUCCACAUUCUUGAUUUUAUCUGCGCUGUUCUUGUAUCCACAAGACUGUUACCUUUCAGAAAAGCUAAAAACAAAUAAAAGGUCUGGCUGUUUUGCCUUUUGGA